AUGUCGUCUCUCACCUCGAGUCUCGGCGCGUGGACGCGUCCCUCCACGCGCGCCGCCGGCGCGUCGCGCGGUCGCUCCCGCGCGGCGCCGACGACGCGCGCCAAGAUGGCCGGCGACGACGACGACGCGAACGCCGGCCGGAAAAAAACCGGAGCGCCCGCGCCUGGGGGCGUCCCGGUUUGGCAGCGCAAGAACGUGCGCAUGUGGGAGGUGGACAUCGAGGCCGAGUUCGAGCGCCAGGAGAGGCGCGAGCGGGAGGCGAAGGAGCGCCAGCAGAAGGAGGCCGCGUCGGGCCUCGGGUUCGGCCGACUCAACGAUCUGAACGACAUGAACGUCGAUCUCUCCGCGCAGCUCCGCGCCAAGAAACCGGACGCCGCCGAGAAGCUCACCAUCCCCGGGCUCGCUCCUCUCCCCGGGGGUGACGCGAAGGAGCGCAAGGCGCUGCCCGGUGACGCGUCAAGCUCCCCCACCUCCGCCAUCGACCUCGCCACCACGAACAAGCAGGUGAGCAAGUACGACCUCGACGGGUGGAAUUACGCCCCGACGCGCGCCGAGCAGAAGCGGUGGCAGCGCGAGUGGGAAAAAGGCGAACAGAUGCGCGCGGCGAAGAAUCCCGUCUACGCCAAGUCCAAGUUUUCCACGCGCCAGAUGAAGAAGCUCCAGCCGAAAGACCUCAAGCCCACGGUGGGGGGCAGGGAGCUGACGGAGGCGGAGAAGGCGGAGAGGCGAAGGACCGCCGACGACGCCUACCUGCGGGUCAAGGAGAAUUUGCUCUUGACAACCGCGGGUCUGUGCGGAUCGGGAACGGUGGGCGCGUUUGCCGUGGGGGGCGUGCCACUCGGCGCGUCUUUCGCGGUGGGCAGCGCGGGGGCGCUGUUCUACGUCAAGCUGCUGGCGAGCAAGGCGGAGGCUGGCGGGGGCGGGCAGGGCGGGCCGCCGUCCAUCCUGGUGCCCGUCAUCCUCUUCAUGGCUCUCAACCGGUGGAACUUUUUCUUCGCCGACGACGUGGGCGUGACGCUGUUGCCGAUACCCAUGCUCCUGGGUUUCUUCACGUACAAACCCGCGUCCAUCUUCCAGGCGUUCAGGGACAUCCUGGAGGAGGAGCAGAACGGCGACGGGGAUAACGAGUACGCGUAG